CAUUCCCUCGCACUUUUCCUGACGUACUUUCUCCGCAACCAAACAGAAACAGAAAACUCUCUCACCAGAUUGAAUUUCAAAAUCACAAAUUCCAUGGAUCUCUUGCUCCAAUUCCAACACAUCCUCGAAUCGGACCCUCUUAUUGAUGAAGUUGGAUUUGUACACCCGACCCAAUUCGCUACGCUGACUGAAGACUCAACAGGCGAUGCUGCGAUUUCGGAUGGUACAACCUUUUGGAGCAGAGAUCACAAGCUGGGCGUCUCGAUCCAGGCUGUUCUGCCAUUGUACAAUGCGGCCAAGCGUGCGUUUAUUGCGGCAAGGGAAGAGUGCAAGAGACUCGGCGAUGAUGGGUUGGAGAGUGAAGUGAUGAAGCACAGUAAGGCUCUCUUGUUGCUCAGCUCCGAUUUCGGCACUGCCUGGAACUCUAGAAUCGACUGUGAUGAGCUGGGAUUUCCUUACUUAUCUCAAUUUAACUUGCAAUCAAUUUUGCAGCGGCUAAUACUCCGGAUUUUGAAAGACUCAAAACUUGAAAAUGCAUCCCCUGGUUACUUUGUUGAAGUUUCUGAAGUAUGGAAGGAAGAGCUCAAUUGGAAUGAAAUGUUGAUAAAGCGUUACAUAGGAAGAGAGGCACUUUGGCUUCAUCGCCGCUUCCUUUCUUUGUGUUGGAUGAAGCAAUUUGCAACCAAUCUCCAUGAUGUAUCCUGCCAUUCUGAGCUAAAGAUCAGCACGAGUAUCAGCUUCAAUUCCUUUAUUGAUAAUGAGUUGUGUCUCCUAAACUCUUGCUCAACUGUUCCAAAUAAUGACUUUGAGGAUUUCCAAGCGCAGGCCUCAUAUUCUGCCACUUACAUAUUAUGGCUGACAAAGCAAAUCCCAGAGUUUUGGUCUGAAUUCCAAGAGAAGCUUGCAAUAGGAAAUCUAAAGACUAUGCUAAGCAAGGUGUGCCCAGAAAGGUCACUCCUUUGGGAUUCUUUAAUAGACUAGAUGGAAACGCCUGACCAAUUUGUGAAGGAAUAAAUGUUAUCUUUAGCGCUGUCCGAUGUUUCUUAUCUUUUUUUUCUUUAAUAUUUUUACCUUUUUUUUUCCUCCACUCUCUUGUUGAUUCAUGUAGCGAUGAUAUUAACAAUGCUUAGUGGGGCAAAGAGAUUUGAAGCUUCAGAGAUGGACGUCUUCAAUUUAUGCUUUAAUAUGGUAUAGACUAUGUGAAUAUGUGAUGAACACUUUCGGUAUA